AUGACGUUGCGGGCAAAUGACAGGCUUGCCAUCAAAUCCUUGGCACAGAACGUCGCCAUCCUUCAGCUUGCAUGGACUCAAAUUGGAAAAUGGUCUCAAGGGUACGCUGGGGAAGGUGGUCUGCACGAUGACAGCAUCACGAAGCAAGUGGAAGGAUCCCUGGAGACCGAUAGACUGGUGAUGGAGGCAAUUCAGCAUGACGUGCAGGCAUACGAUGACGACCGUCUCGGUGUUUAA